CCCCCUUUUAAACGAUGAUGUAGCGAGCCGUCCGAAAAGUCCAGAGAUCUCGUGCACACGUCGACCAAGAUCACUGUCACGAUCGAGAUCGAGCACGUGUCCCGGUUCCAGGGUCUACGGUUGAUCGUUGCGAUUCGCGUGUCCGUCGUUUCGCCGAGAAGCGGAUCUCUCGAAAGAGAAGAAGAGCGCCAGGGAACGAAGCUUUGUGCCUUCUUCGAGUCGUCUUCCCUUUCCGGUCGGUCGUUGCCAAUCGAUAGAUCAUCUCGGAUAAUUUUCAACGAGUUGUGCUCGAAACAAUUAAUUGGCCAGAGAUCGAAACAAUGACAGUCAUGGUGGAGUCCGUGAAAGUGGAAGAAGGCGAGCGUCCUAAGAUCAUGGCCUUCGACGACAUCCUGCCGUACGUCGGCGAGGCCAGCCGCUACCAAUGGUUCCUUUUCUUCUUGCUUCUGCCCUUCACCUUCGUCUACGCGUUCCUCUACUUCACACAAUUCUUCAUCACGUUGGUACCGAACGAGCAUUGGUGCAACGUGCCGGACCUCAAUGGAUGGAAUCUCACCGACCACGAAAAGAUCACGUUAUCGAUACCUCCAGCAUCGAGAGAAGAGUUAAAGGUCGAAGGUGCCACCGCGUUUUCGCGAUGCAACAUGUACGACGUAAACUACAGAGAAAUAUUGAAGAACGGUACUAGAAUAGCCGAUCACUCGUGGCCCAUUAAAACGUGUCAACAUGGUUGGAGUUUCAAUCACACAAUGAUACCGUACAAAUCCAUAGCGGUCGAGCUGGAAUGGGUUUGCGAUCGAGCUUUCCUAGGUUCAGCAGCCCAAUCGGCCUUCUUCGUGGGUAGCAUCCUCGGCGGUUUGAUAUUCGGUUACAUAGCUGACCAUUAUGGCAGGAUUCCAGCAUUGGUCGCCUGCAACUCGGUGGGAUUCGUGGCUUCCGUGGCAACGGCGUUCUGCAACAGUUUCUGGAGUUUCUGUCUGGCGAGAAUGGUUGUUGGCACGUCAUUCGAUAACUGCUUUAACGUUCUUUUCAUUAUCGUGAUCGAGUACGUAGGACCGAAAUACCGUACGCUGGUAGCAAACAUGUCCUUCGGACUUUAUUUCGCGGGAGCUGCUAGUCUUCUGCCGUGGAUCGCUUAUUGGAUCGCCAAUUGGCGGAUCUUGAGCAUAGUCACCGCUUGUCCAAUGGUGGUCGCUUUCGUCGGACCGUGGAUCGUUCCUGAAAGCGCACGUUGGUACAUCACCAGCGGCAAGAUCGACAAGGCGAUCGACAUGUUGAAGAAGUUCGCGAAAGUAAAUGGUAAAGAUGUGAAGAAGGAAGUGUUCGACGAGUUCGAGAAAAGUUGCAAAUCGAUGAUCGAGAAAGAUCAAUCGCACAAUCAGUACACCGUUCUGGAUCUCUUCAAGUUUCCACGACUCGCUCGCAUCACGAUCAUGCUUAUUAUAUACUGGCUUCUGAUGGUGUGGGUGUUUGACGGCCACGUCUGGAACAUGAAACUUCUGGACCCCGACGUAUUCACAUCCUUUUCUUUGGCCUCUCUCACCGAACUUCCCGCCGCCGUUCUCCUGGCCCUCUUUCUGGACAGAUGGGGCAGACGAUGGAUGGGUUUCGCGUCGAUGUUCCUUUGUGGAAUCUUUUCGUUUAUCGCUGUGGCCACGCCACCUGGUGCGCCAACGGUCGCCAUGGCGAUCAUUGCGCGUCUCGGAGUCAAUAUCGCCGCGAAUAUCGGCUUCCAAUACGCGGCGGAAAUGCUACCGACCGUGGUGCGAGCCCAAGGUGUGUCCUUGAUCCACAUUAUUGGUUAUCUCGCUCACAUCAUGGGCCCCUACAUCAUUUAUCUGGCCGAUAUCGACGCGUCUCUGCCCCUCGUCGCCCUCGGUUUACUGUCCUUCGUGCACGCCUUCUUGACCCUUGGUUUGCCAGAAACUUUAAACCAAGACUUGCCAGAGACUCUUCAGGAGGGCAACGAUUUUGGCAAGGACCAAAGCUUUUGGUGGAUACCCUGCGUGGCCUCGAGCCAGAUGACGAAGAAAUCGCUCAGGAAAAAGAAGGGCCUGUCGAACCCUGCGUUCGUGGGCAGUGUUCAAAAGAUCGACUGCACUAGAUUAUAGCGAUUGUUCAAUAGUGACGAGUACCGGCCGGUAAAACUUGCCAAAUCUUUUUGUAAAUAUAGUCAUUAAACUGCGAGUGUGAUGUUAGGUGUUAAGGUAUAUCGCGAACGUUGUAUUUUAAAAAAAUUUUACCCAGCGAUGGAAUUUCGUUGGAAGUACGUGCCGAUCGAAGAGAUAUCGAAUACGGUAUAAAUUCCUGUCUUCCUUACUCGUGAAACAUGUUACAGUAUUUUUAUAUUCGUUCGUUGGACCGAAAGGAAACAACGGCCGUCGAACGCCGUGAUUUUCCUCGGCGGGAAACAUCCAAACGUCAGAAUUCUAUUAUUCGUUAAUCGAAAGUUGACUUAUUUAUGAAGAUACUGUUAUCGCGUGUCGCCAAGAAUCGUUACGAAACUCAAGCUGUAGCGUUCGUCUUUAAGUAGUCCGCAAUUAAUCGAACCAGUACGUAAGUAGACCACUUCCUCCCAUCACCGUCCCGUCAACUUGUCUCGUUCAUUGCGGAUUUCCAAAACGCUACUUCGCGUAGACAUAGUGAUUCAUAAAUUAUGCGAACCGUUAGCGUAUCGAGGAAAGCCAGCAAACCCUUCGAUUCGCGUAUGCGAAGAGGCACGAUUUAUUUUUCGUUUUCAGCUACUAUCGUUCCUUCGAUUCUGUUCAUCCUGAAUGCUCAAUUUGUGUCGCGUCACGGUCCAGCGACAGUACUAGGACCGCUUAGGAUCGUAUUAGAGUCAUCCGCGUACUUACGAGACUUGUUCCCGCUUUCAGCCCCCCCGAUUGAAAGUCGUACCACUGCGAAACUAAGAUCUUUCGUUCGUCGAUCUGAUUCUCUGUUACUUCGAGCCGGGGAUAUUCGCAAGUACGCCUUACGAUAGAUUUGAAAACUGUACAUAACUGUUUGAACCGUUUAAACGUCUCUCAAAUACACUGCGGAAUAUAACUAUAACGCCACUGUAAUUUUCGACAGUUUCAAAGCAUUGUUGGAAUUCGACCGAUUGAAACGAGCUUAAACACGGCAUAAAUCAGAUUACUUUCAAUUAACUCAAUAUAUGUAAUAUUAAUAUGAAUAUUCAAACGUUACACCAAUUAUCGCCAAAUCAGAAUUACGUUUCCAAUAUGCUUCGUCCAGAAAUCUUUAAAAUGUCAACUAUAGCUCCGGAGUGUAUUUCUGAGUGAAAGUGUCUCGUUCAACGCCUCGUAAUUUAUGUAAUUGUAAUUCUAAAGCUCUCAAUUGCAAAAUGGAGCCGAACUAGAGGCGCGCUAGGAAAUGUACAAUCGUCGACGAGUACCAACAUGUAUAUUUAAGUUUAGAUGCGUUUAGCGGUUUAGAUCGAUCGUUCAGUGAACAUUGAUACUUGAAAAUAAAAACCAGAAG